AUCGUGGCCUCGAAGCGAGUCCUUUUACGGCGGGGACGAGCAUCGAAAGCGGAGGAGAGCCUCCCUGUGUGUCUCUCUUUCUCUCUCGUUGUCGUCGACUUUGGCCCGCAGGCACGAAAGGCACAGAGCAACCGAGGAGCCACCCGUGGUGAGUGAGCCAGCAGGAGGGGAAAAACGAGCAGGACGAGGCCUCUCGCGCAGGGGAGAAACAUCGAAAACUAGACGGCAGGUUUACCAGUCAGCAUGGAGUGAAGCCGGCUCCAGACUCAGCUGGAGGAUCGUAAAAGAGACUUGGAAGGAAGGAAGGAAGGAGGGAAAGAAAGAGGGUCCUUAAUGUCAGGUAAAUCCAGGAUGAAGUAGGAAACAGGGGGAAGGGGGGAGAAGAAACUUGUCCGAAGAAAGAAGAAAAUUUGAUAACUAAGAAGGACAUCGGGAAAAUUUAUACAGAAAGAGAGAGAGAGAAAGUGAUAAAAAUAGUGUCUGUGAUAUAGACGAUCGAGAGAUCGAAAGGAAAAAAAGAGGCUAAAUGAGAAGAGAUAAAGGGAAGAAGGCGAGGGAGGGUUAGAGAGGGAAAGUGGUGUAGAAAGUGGUGGAGGAUAAGGUGGAAGAAGCUGGUGAAGGGGAGAGGAAUGGGUGCCGGGAUGGGCAGGAGCGGGACGAGCGGCGGCUUCCUCGAGGCACUUCCCACAGGAACGCCGCUCCAUGUGGCUAUGCUAGGGCUGGACAGCGCUGGGAAAACCACAGCGUUGUAUCGGCUCAAGUUCGACCAGUACCUAAACACCGUGCCCACCAUUGGCUUCAACUGCGAGAGAAUCCGUGGUGGCAUCGGGAAAGCGAAAGGUGUGAAUUUUCUCGUAUGGGAUGUGGGCGGUCAGGAGAAAUUACGACCAUUAUGGAAGUCGUACACACGAUGCACAGACGGUAUUAUCUUCGUGGUCGACUCCUGCGACGCGGAACGGCUCGAGGAGGCGAAGAUGGAGCUGACCAGGACGGCUAGGAGCCCGGAUAACGCCGGAGUGCCCAUUCUGAUCCUGGCUAACAAACAGGAUCUGCCAGGUGCCAAAGAGGUAGGGGAACUGGAGAAGCACCUAGGCGUCCUGGAACUGGCAUGCAUCAGAGUGCAGCCAGCCUGUGCGAUCACAGGUGAGGGCCUUCACGAAGGACUGGACACCCUGUACCAGUUGAUCCUGAAGCGACGUAAGCUCGCGAAGCUGAACAGGAAACGGGCCAGGUAGGCCAGGGCCGCGGAGGACUGCUCGUGCGUCUUCUGAUAUUGUAAGUCGCGCACAGUCUCUCCUUUGGAUACAGCCACGCCUUCCACGGUGUCUUCUUCCUCGUCCUCUUCGUCGUGCUGCAAUGGCGACGUCCACGAGGUGCUCGAGUGAACGCGUUCACGCGGACUAUACAAAAAAACAAAAAAAAAAAAACAGAUUACUCGAAAAAAGCAAAAACCUCGUUCACGACGAUCGAGCUAGCGUCGCCGUUUCGAACGCUAGUUCGGUGUUUUAACUAAAAAAAGAAAAAAAAUCGAUCAGGUAUACACAGGCACGCACUCCGUUCGUCGUUUCGGAGAACCAGAUUUUUCACGAGGAGCUCGAAGAUGUAUAUGUAUUACAGUCUUCGUUUUGGAGAACAGUGGGAUUCAGGUAAUACUCUAUCAUCCUAAACCAACCACUGGCUGCUUUUUUCUUGUCAAUGGAGAAUCGGAGGAAUGUUGGAAAUUACGCUGUCGCGUUUGCUCAGCGGAAAAGUCAGUGACGACAACGAAACAAAGUGCUUCUUCGCCGCUCUACAGAGAAGCUCUAUUUUGCCAAAAUUCGCCGCCACGGAAUGUUCCUUCCUCGGAGAAGCUUUUUUUUUCCUUUGCACGAGACAAGGCCCAGAGUGUAUCAACGUGUCCCUUUAUUGUCACGAGGAAUAGUCACGGUCCAAGAAGGAGUCGCGCGAUAAAGAUGUUGCUGGAUCAUUGUAGAACGACUUCAUUGCUGAUAACGAUGACGUCGAAUUUUAUUAAUAACGCUGACGCGAUGCACGGGUCAAGAAGGAGACGAACAUAUAGAGGCUGGAUAUUAAUAAGUAUGAGAGAGUCCCCAUGAAUACUAUCGAGACUUGACGAAACAGUGAAACAAACCGAUUGGACGUUGAAGUUGAAG